GAAGACUAAACACAUGAACAACCGACAUCUCUUGUAUAGUUUGUAAACUGAUCGGAUUUUAAAUAUCAUUUGCAUCUGAAAAACAUGUCAGCAACACUCGAAAAGCCACAAAUCAUCGCGCACAUCCAGAAGAGUUUGAACUACACUGUGUUUGAGAGCAAAUGGAUUCCCUGCAGCGCAAAGUGUGUUUGUAUGGGGAACUUCGCCAGAGGAACAGGAGUCAUGCAGAUCUACGAGAUCCAACACGGGGAGCUGCAGCUUGUCAAAGAGAUAGAAAAAGCCAAGCCAAUCAAAUGUGGAACAUUCGGAGCCACAUCUCUCCAGCAGAGGCAUUUGGCCACAGGAGAUUUCGAUGGCUGUCUAAAUGUUUGGAAUCUUGAAGUACCUGACUGUCCAGUGUACUCUGUGAAAGCGCACAAGGAGAUCAUAAACAGCGUUGAUGGAGUGGGAGGGCUGGGCAUUGGAGACGGGGCCCCUGAGAUUGUUACUGGAAGUAGAGAUGGUACUGUUAAGGUGUGGGACUCCAGGCAGAAAGACACACCUGUGGCAAACAUGGAGCCAAUGGAGGGAGAAACCAAGAGAGAUUGCUGGACUGUUGCCUUUGGCCAUGCAUUCAACGACCAAGAUCGCUGUGUGUGCGCUGGAUAUGAUAACGGUGACAUCAAGCUAUUUGAUCUCAGAAAUAUGUCUCUACGAUGGGAAACUAAUAUCAAAAAUGGCGUAUGCUCUCUUGAAUUUGACAGAAAAGACAUCAACAUGAACAAACUUGUGGCAACAUCAUUAGAAGGGAAAUUUCAUGUGUUUGACAUGAGGACUCAGCAUCCCACCAGCGGCUUUGCUUCAGUGUGUGAAAAGGCUCAUAAGUCUACAGUAUGGCAAGUGAGGCAUUUGCCUCAAAACCGUGACAUCUUCAUGACAGCUGGCGGAACGGGUAAUCUGCACUUAUGGAAAUAUGAGUAUCCAGCCCAAAGGAGUAAAAAGGGUGCAGAUGAUGUAGACAUGGGCGUCGCUGGGACUGUUAACCUCCUGCAGAAUGUCACUGUGUCCACACAACCCAUUUCCAGUCUGGACUGGAGCCCUGACAAACAGGGACUAUGUGUUUGCUCUUCGUUUGACCAGUCUGUGCGAGUCCUUAUCGUGACCAAACUUAACACAGUCUGAGUGGAGAGUAGGACUGUAGUACUGUAAUGCAGUAGUACAGUACAAGAUUGCAGAACAUUUCUACUAUUCCCAAACAAAUUGGAAUAUUGGUUGACUAAGUUUAUACUUAUACAUUAAGUCUUAAGUUCAUUUGUGAUAUAUGGAGUUCCUUUAAGAAUGUGUUAUAAUUCUUUGCCAUAUUAACUGCUUUUGUGCCUUGCUUUAUGGUGAAAGUCAAGUUGAUAUUCUUUAAAUAACCAAACCUUAACCUAAUUAAUAAAGCAAUAAUCCACACGAGGCAGUACAUUAUGGUGAUUUUUACCUUGUUUGUGGGGUGUUUUCAGGCACGACACAAAACAACAACAAUAUGAUAAAGACAUCAAUGUUCCAUAAAUAUUUUAAUUUAAUAUUAAUGGUAAUUUAUUUAAUAUAAUAGUAAUAUAUAUAUAUAUAUAUAAUUUAAAGUAAAUUGUGUUUCCGCUUGCCAAGCAACAUAGUAAUUUGUCGCAAUCAGAACCUGUAAUAUAACCAGGAUUUUAAAUUCAUAAUGAAGUGAAAAUGUAUCCUAUUUACUGCAUGUUCCUGGUCUCAUUGUGCAGGAUGUAUCA